AACUGUGUAGUGCUAGGGCAAAAACCAAAACUCUAUUCAAUGGCCCCUUUAAAAAUAAAUCUGUCAACCAUUGACACUAGGUGGUGCUAUAAUACCCAUACCCGUAGUAUUGAGGAAUUACCACAUUGGCAUACGGUAUCCUCCUAUGGCCACUGCGAGACUGGCAAGGCAACGUCCAACGGGUAAAAUGUUUGUCAAUUUUAGCCAUGUCAUAUUCAGGUAAUACAAAUAUAUUCAAUUCAUAACUCACUAGCCUGAUUAGAAAACAUUUUUUAAAUUGAAAUUCAAUUAACUCAAUUGAUUUGUGUGCAAUUAAAAUAACUAAAUAUGGUAUUCUGGGCCUUGAACUAAAACUCCCAUCACUGGAGUUGAACAAGAACCAUCUAUCAUAAUCUAUAGACGCGCGCAAUUAAAUUAGCUACGCACAUUCACGCACAAACUGAUCCGUAAACCAUUCUCAUACAAGAACGCCUGUUUGAACAGUAGCCUACGUUAUGUCAUCUCUGUUAUAAUGAACCGUUUCCCCAUGUCGGUGUCAUGUCAGCAGCAUCGAUCUUGUUCUCUGUUAGUGUUCGCCUGUUCUUGGUGUGAGAGGAAUGUGAAUUAACUAAUCUUACACAGUCACUCACUCAGAUGGUGAAAUUGUAUCUUUCCAUAAAGAAUCUUAUUACAAGGGGGAAACACUUAUACAUAUUUAGACACAUACAAAAAUAAAUAUAUAGCAAUGUGGUAUAAAAUCAUUGCCUACAAUUGAUUUCUCAGUGUGCGACGUGAGAUAGCGGUUUUGUUUUACUGGUCUCCCUUGCUCAUCGCGUUUGGGCGCGCUCAUUUUCUGUUGCAAGAGGGGGCAGAAUCGUUGUCUUGCUUCCCCUGUAGUUUAGCAGGGAGGGACGAAUAGUACAGUCCAGAUCAAGAGCAUUGAGCUCAUUGAGCAGCGGACAAUUGCAGCGAGGAUCACCAUCAGUACCACAACCCCACGUUAAGCCCUGGUGCUCAUACCAACCGACCUCCACACCAAAUAUCCGCAACAGUCAUACCCUGCCAGCCAUGAAACAGACUCUGCUCGAACUGAUGAGGAUGAGCAGAAUAUGCCGGAUGGUACUCGCCACUUGUUUGGGAUCUUUUAUUCUGGUCAUCUUUUAUUUCCAAAGUAUGUUCCAACCAGUCAUGCGGAGGAACCCAUUUACGGCGGACGUGUGCUGUAGGAAAGGCUCCCGCAACGCACUACAGGAACUCUACAACCCCACACAGUCGGAGUUCUCCAGUGCGGCCAUCCUCCACCAGGCGAGGAGAGACCAGGUAGCAGAGUCAUGUCGGGCCCACAGUGCGUCCAGCCGCAAGCGCCGGGUCCUGACCCCUGGUGACCUCAAACACCUGGUGGUGGAUGAGGAGCAUGAGCUCAUCUACUGCUAUGUCCCCAAGGUGGCCUGCACCAACUGGAAACGCGUCAUGAUGGUCCUCACCGGACGCGGCAAGUACAGUGACCCUAUGGAGAUCCCUUCCAACGAGGCCCACGUCCCGUCCAACCUGAAAUAUCUCAACCAGUACAGCAUUGCUGAGAUCAACCACCGCCUCAAGAGCUACCUCAAGUUCCUGUUCGUCCGGGAGCCCUUCGAGAGGCUCGUCUCCGCUUACCGCAACAAGUUCACCCUCAAGUACAACUCCUCCUUCCACCGCCGCUUCGGCACCAAGAUCGUCCGCCGCUACCGCAAGAACGCCACGCAGGAGGCGCUGCUCAACGGCGCCGACGUCAAGUUCCGGGAGUUCGCCGAGUAUCUUGUCGACCCGGCCACGCAACGUGACGGCCCGCUAAACGAGCACUGGCAGACGGUGUACCAGCUGUGCCACCCCUGUCACAUCCACUAUGACCUGGUGGGCAAGUACGAAACCCUGGAGGAUGACGCCAACUAUGUUCUGCGGCUGGCGGGGGUGGGCGAGUCGCUGCGCUUCCCGACCUUCGCCAAGUCCACCCGCACCACCGACAGCAUGACGGCCCAGUUCUUCAGCAACAUCAGCUCCCAGCAGCACGCCCAGCUCUACCAGCUGUAUAAACUGGACUUCCUCAUGUUCAACUACUCCACGCCAAGCUAUCUGCGACUGGACUAACGACUAGAGGACCAGUACAUGACUCGCCAGCUGGGACUCUGGGCACGAUCCACUUUUAAUAAGAGAAGAAAAAAAGAACAGAGAAAGAGGAGAAUGGAUAUUUUUGCGAAAACUUUAUUCAAAAACUGUCGUCGCUAUUUCUGGGGGGUGAACAGGAAGGGCUGAGGUGAAUGGGAGGGACAUAGAUUGAGGAAAGGGGCUGGAUCCGAUUUAAUGUGAAAGAUUCUUGGUUAUCCAAUCAGCAUUGUUCUGAAGGAGGAAGUGGAGAUCCUACAGCAUCAGAAUGCAGGGUUCGGGUGGAGCUGAUGUCAGAGGUUUUCUAAGAGGGGAAAUCGAGGAGAGUAGCAGGACUCUUGGAGAGUGGUCGAUGUGUGUUCUGUAUGUAAAUGAGGUGGGACUCUUGACCAAUUAGGCUGCUUUGGAUUCUGCACAGCAAACGGUGGCCUCGCAUGCACGCGCUCUGGCCCCAAAGCAUCAUGGGAGCUGAGCUUAUUUUAUAAUGAACAAUAAUGAAACUCCGUUAAAUUGUAAAACACAUCCAUGUCCUUCAGUUGGCUGUAUCCUGGGUGUGUUUGAUAGCACCCACCAACCCUCUCUUUCAUAGCACCCACCAAUGAUAUAUUUGAUAAGUAAACUGGCUCUUGGCUCCCCCUCAAGCCCUCCUCAUGAUAGCUGGCUAUUGACUUUGUUCUAAAGACCUCUAGAACCAUCAGGCGUAAGCAGAGGAGCUAAAUUUACAGCCAACUGCUCUAAAGUAGUAGCUAUGGUGUCAAGAUCUCAUCAUCAUAGGUGAAAAGAACUCCUGAAUCCUGAGGUUUGCCAGGUGAGGCCUCAGACUCCCACAGCAGGGUCUGAAACGGCGGCCAUUUUAGAAAGACGCUGAGCACCCUCUAUGCUUUGAGCCACAGGAAGUGGUCAGAAGAAGACAGGAAGUGCCCUUGUGAAUGGGUGCACCGGAUGUGAUUGACAGGUGUUAGGUGCCUCCCACUGACCCAGAGAGGAACUGAAGAAGAGAUGGCCUGUGUGACUGUGAAACGGUUUAAGGGACAGGAUCUCAUAACCCCGCCCACGCCACGCCCCUAAACCAGGGAGGGACCCAGCGUACACGCUUCCCCCACCCCCCGCUUCGACGACCAAACAUGUUUUUUAGUAAAUUAAUUUUUUUAUGUCUUGGUUUUAUUGUCUUAUGAAAACAUUGCUGCGAGCAGCAAUAAAAAAUAUUAUUUAAAUUACUUUUACUGUCGCGGGGGGAGGUAGAUAAAAAAAAAUAUUGGCAGAUGAACAUUUUAGUAGAUUUUGUAAAGAUAAAAUUGUUUUUAUGAGUUUUGUUUUUCAUGUUUUUGAUCCUGAGUUGCCUCCGGUACACUGUUAAUGAUAACAUUUUCAUUUUCUUCCUUUUUCCGAAGGGCGUACAAUACAAUAUAGUUAAGUCCAUGGCUUUGGUUUCUCUGUGCGUGAGAGCUGGGAUAUUCCAUGGGAUUUAGAGUUAUUCCCUCUCUCCCCCUUAGUCAACUGAGUCUGGUGCCAAAGGGUUGGAACACUGCCAAUGACAGAGAGGGACAGAGUCAACUCAACUCUUAUCAGUACUUUUCCAUACAUCCAAUAAUAUACUAAACAUUUACAAUCCUGUGAUUGAAAACAUAAACUAUAGCAUGAGAAAAGUAUUCUACAUACAUAUCUACGUCUACAGUGCAGACCACUGCUCUGUAUCAGAAAUGAGCAGUGGUUGCUUUGAUAAUGAUCGAAAAUAGAACCGUCUACCUUUGUCUGGCGGUGAAAGUCAGGUCUGUGUCCGCCCUCCUUAGGUGAAAGUGCAGUGUCUAAUCAUUACUCUGUGUAGUCUAUGGGAUCACAGAGAGUUGUAUACACCACGCAGGAGUGGGCGACGGAGAGAAGACAACUUAAUUAGCCAAGCUAA